UCGCAGAACCGGUUCUCCAUUUUGUGGUUUGAAUGCGUUAAACAACGACCCUUGUGGACCCUUGCAGUACGCGGUAUCGCUUCUUGCACUCGCAAAACGGAUCGUGCUUCGUCGAUGCCAGCAUUUCGACGACCAAAAAGUCAUUCAUAAAUGCCAUGUUCGAUGGAUUUUGCGUGGAGCAUACUUGGGCUGCUGGUGGCCGUUGUGGUCAUAGCCGUCGGCGCAUGGCUCCAACGGAGACGCCAACAGAUGUGCCUGUUCAAACGGUACGACAUACCUGGGCCUGAACCGAGCAGCGUCAUCUUCGGAAACUGGAAAGAGUUCCGGAGGGACCCUCUUGAGGUGACAACGAAAUGGAUUCAGAAGUAUGGGAAGUUCUUCGGCUUUUACGUCGGCGAAAUGCCGUAUAUUGUGGUGGCUGACCUGGACAUGAUCAAGCACUGUCUUGUCAGGGAAGCCCACAUUUUCCGCGACAGGAUGCCAAUGAUACUGGAAGUAGAAACCUUCAAGACUAGUUUGGUGGGACUGAAAGGAGAUGAUUGGAAAAAAGUGCGUAGCGUCAUGAACCCGAGUUUUUCGGGCUCCAAGAUGAAGAUUAUAUCACGGAUCAUGAAUGAAUGUGUGGACAUCAUUCUGGAGAAAUUAGACGAGCAGCUGGCGAACAACGAGACUGCGGUCGACGUGUCGAAGAUGACUCAGGGACUAACCAUGGACGCCAUUGCAAAAUCCAUUCUGGCUUGGGAGCCUGACUCCCAGCGGAACCCUGAUGACCCAUUCGUAAGCAGCUUAAGGAAAACGCUGACCGAAGCCGACACGCUGAUUCUCAACAUCGCCAUCGCAUUUCCACCCUUCCGAAAUCUGGUCACUUGGGUCUUUCCUUACGUUUCCUACGGCAAGCUUUUCGCAGUCAUUUGCAGACGAGUACACGAUGUGAUACGCGUUCGGAGAGCGGAGCCUCACGUGCGGCACUUGGACAUGCUGCAGCUCAUGCUGGACGAACAAGCAAACAGGAAUCUCUCCGGGAGCAUCAGCGAUAACGACAGCGUCAAGUGCGCGCGUAACGAAGCUCAUGCGGCCAAAGCCUUCGUGAUCACGGACGAACACAUCGUGUCCAACUGCUUCAUUUCGCUCGCCGCGGGCUUCGAGACGACGGCGCUCACCCUGGCGCUCGUAUUGGACGAACUUGCGCGCAACCCCCAGGAGCAGGAAAAGCUAUACGCGGAGUUGGCCUCCGCCUUUCCUGGAGGCCUCGAGCGGGACGUCGAGUGCGAUGAGCUGCAGAGCCUGAAGAGGCUGGACAUGGUGGUGAGCGAGGCUUUGCGCAAGAACCCCCCGCUCGUACUAUUCACGACCAGGAUGUGCAAUGAAGAAAUAACGGUCAUGGGCCGCACAAUACCCCCUGGAUCGCGCCUCGUAGUCCCCAAGUGGACCAUCCACCGCGAUCCCGAACUCUGGCCGGAACCGGAAAAGUUCGAUCCAGAGAGGUUUAACCCCGACAACGAAAGCAACCGGCACCCGGCGUCCUAUAUUCCAUUCGGCAUUGGCCCCCGUCAAUGUAUGGGCAGGAAGUUCGCCCUGCUCGAACUGAAGACUGCACUCUGCAAGCUGGCUCUCAAGUAUGAGUUUGCGCUGCAACGGGGCAACGAAGAUAGCAUAAAGCUGAAAGUUCCUCUCAUAACAAUAUGUCCUGUUAAGAAUGUGGUACUCAGCGUGAAAUUAAAAAAUCGUUCUACGUGA